UGGGAGUGUUGUGAGCAGCAGGAACAGCAGCAGCAGCAGCAGCACACAACAGCAGGAGCAGUAGUGGCAGCAGCGUCACAUGUCACACACUACCACCGCCAUGACCAACACGCUCAACGAUAUACUAAACAAGCUUCUUGUGCCUGACAAUGCCGUCAUACAGGAGGGAACAAAUGAAUGGAGAGAGGCUCCUUUUGGUACAAAAGAACUGGGAGAGGCACUCAAAACCCCAGGGGUGGUUGGAGAGUUAUGCAAGGUAAUGGGAACAUCAUCAGAUCCACAGGUGAGACAGUACGCAGCAGUCAUUCUGCGCAAGAGACUUGGCAAGGCUCGUCAUUGGACCAAAUUGGAGGCUGAUGUUAAAAAUGGCAUUAAAGAGGGAGUGCUUCAAGCAUUAAUAAGGGAACCAGAAAGCAGUGUGCGAAAUGCCAUAGCACAGUUUGUGGGUGUGAUUGCACGUCAUGAGUUGCAAGCAGGUAACUGGCCUGCACUUCUACAGUUUAUACAACAAAUGGUUCAGUCACAGAAUGUGCAAGAGAGACAGAGGGGUGUGUAUAUAUAUAGUGUGGUAGUGGCGUGGCAGGUGUCAACUGAUGCUCACUUGCGGCACCUCCUCCACCUCUAAACCACCCUGGAUGACACAACUUCCCCGUGCUGCCUUCCAACAUCCAGGCUCUCCACCAACUUUGCAACCUCUUGUGACCAAGAUAAUAUGACUGAGUUCCAGGCAGUCUUGCCCAAAGUUCUAGAGGCAAUAAAAGCAUUGCUGACCCGUGAUGAAGACCAGGCAGCAGAGGCCAUGGAAUUGUUUGAUGUUCUGGCAGAGUGCGAGGUGGCACUGUUGGUUCCACACCUGCGUCCUGUUAUCCAGCUGUGUUUAGACAUAAGUGGGAAUUCUUCUCUGGGAGACACUGUUCGUGUGAAAGCCAUCACCUUCCUUGGGUAUAUAACCAGGUUAAAAAAGAAGUACAUACUGAAAAACAAACUUGUGGUACCCCUAGUUUCUGUGAUGUUUGGCGUAGCAUGCAGUGAAACUGAAGAUGAUUCCUGCCUUGGUUUUUUGGGAGGAGAUGAGGGUGAGGGAGGGAGCCCUAUGCACGCAGCAGCUCAAACACUUGAUGCUUGUGCCCUGCACUUGCCCCCAGAUAAACUCCUUCCUUGCCUAAUGGGCCAUGUAGAACCUGCUUUGAAGAGUGGAAACCCACAUCAGGUGAAGGGUGCCUAUCUUGCCCUGGCCAUGGUGGCUGAGGGUUGUGCUGACACGCUGCGCAACAAGCACCUGCAUCCACUACUGCAAUGCAUCUGUCAUGGCAUCACCAAUGAAAACCAGUUGGUGCGAAAUAGUGCAUUAUUUGCUCUGGGCCAGUUUGCAGAACAUCUGCAGCCAGAUAUCAGCAAGUAUCAUGCUGAACUGCUUCCAGUUCUUUUUGAUUACCUUACUCAGACAUGCGUGGUUGUAGGUAGUGGUGGCAGCGACCCUCCAGGUGUUGAUCGCAUGUUCUAUGCUCUGGAAGUGUUCUGUGAGAACCUAGAAUCAGAGCUUCUGCCUCAUCUCCCAGCCUUGAUGGAGAGACUCUUUGCUGUACUGGCUGCUCGCACAUCUGUCCACAUGAAAGAGUUGGCUAUUAGUGCCAUUGGUGCUACAGCCAAUGCAGCCAAGGAACACAUGUCCCCCUAUUUCCAGCAGAUUGUGGAAAUGUUGAAGGGUUAUCUUACUGUUGAUCAGUCUGAAGAAACUAUGACCCUUCAGGUUCAGUCCAUUGACACUCUUGGUCAACUAGCACGGUGCAUGGGUGUAGAAAACUUUACAGUGUAUGCCCCAGAUUGUGUGACUUUGGGCUUGGGGUUGAUGGAACGCAAGGAUGACCCAGACGUGCGUAAGACCUGCUACCUUUUGUUUGCAUCCCUGGCUUCUGUCAUGAAGGCAGAUAUGGCUCCACAUUUGCCCAAGAUCAUGGAGCGCAUGAUGCUUUCCUUGAGAAGCACUGACGGUGUUGUGACACAUUUCAAAGAUGAUGAGACUGGUCUGCCAACAACCAUAGAAGGAUUGAGUGAAUCUGAGGAGGAGGAGGAUGGAGAGGUGGACUUGCUUGGCAAUGAGGAUGGAGAUGAUGAGGACGUUGCUGGUUAUUCAGUAGAGAACGCUUUUUUGGAGGAGAAGGAAGAUACUUGUGUUGCUCUUCGGGAAUUAUCGCUUCACUGUGGAGAUGCAUUCCUUCCAUAUAUGGAUAAAAGUGGAGAGGAAGUGUAUAAAAUGCUAAAUUACCCAAGUGAAGAUGUUCGGCAGGCAGCAGUAGGUGCAAUGGCACAGUUUGUCAUCAGUCUUGCUAAGAGCUCUGCUCCUGAAGCUGCAGAAGGUUUCAAGAAGUGGAUUCAAGUGUUCAUACCCAAGCUGUCAGAGUUGAUACGUACUGAUGAAGAGAGAUCAGUAGUGAUGGCAUGCCUUGAGGCAUAUGCUGAAGUUCUAAAGGAAGUAGGUGCAAGAGUGCUUGUACCACAGGGACACCUGGAGGCUAUUACCAACUGUGUGAAGGAUGUUAUGCAAAAAAAGACUAUGUGUCAGGAUAUGACAGAUGAAGCCAGUAGUGAAGAUGAGGGUGAAGCAGAACAUGAUGAGUUGUUGAUAGAAUAUGCAGGAGAAGUAGUGCCUAGUCUAGGAAAGGCUAUGAGUCAAGCAGAAUUUGCCACACAGUUUGCUAACCUACUCCCACUCUUUGCUAACAAAACAAAAAAAAGUUGCAGUGUUGCAGAGCGUUCCUUUAGCUUCGGCACUCUGGCAGAGGCUGUGGAGGCUCUAGGCAGUGCAAGUGGUCAGUUUGUUCCUCAGCUGUUGCCACUAUUCCAAGAGGGCACUAGAGAUGAAGACAAUGAAGUUCGUUCAAACUCUAUUUAUGGCUUGGGAGUCCUUGGGCAACAUGGUGGUGAUGCAGUGAUGGGGCACUUUAACAACAUUCUGGCAGUGUUAUCUGAAGCCCUGAGUAAAGAGACCUUUCCGCGAGCUCUGGAUAACAUAUGUGGGGCUGUAGCAAGACUUAUUAGUACCAGUCCAACCAAUGUGCCUUUGGAACAGGUGUUUCCAGUGGUAUUAGGGUGCUUGCCAUUGAGGGAAGACUUUGAAGAAAAUUCUACAGUCUUUGAAUGCUUCCUUGUGCUGUACCGUGCCCAGCAUCCUAUGCUCGCCCAAAAUUUAGCCCCAAUCCUACGUUUGGCUGCUCUUAUAUAUACUACUAAGCAAGCUGAUGAUAAAACUAAUCAGCUGAUUCAAGAGCUUGUUAAAAGUGUUAGUCAUGAUUUCCCUGACCAAGUUACCUCUGUGGUCCAAAGUCUAGAACCUGAAGUAGCUGGAAGAUUGCAGGCAGCAGUGGCGGCGGCGGCAGCUGCCGCAUCACAAUCGUCUGCAGUGUCACCAGCAACCUCCUAGUUUAGUAGAUGCCAAUCUACGGUGAUACAUUGUAAUUAAAAUAAUGAUUUCGUUGAGAUUUUUUUGGGGGGGGAAAGUUCAUAUGGGAUACUUUGCCUUUAUGCAGCUGGUGUUAUGGACAGUAGCGGAUGUGAAAUCGUUGUGGGUUUUCAUCUAAGAUUUGUUUUGUGACCAGAAUACUUAAGCAUGAUCACUUGUUUAAACUGUUUGCUUAGCACUUAGCACUGGUUUUAGAGAAUGCACAAGUUAUAUCAGCAAACAUUAGGGAAGUAGUUACUUAAUCUACGACCUAAUUCAUGCUUAUGUUGUAUGAAGUCCUUGUCCCUUUACCUUAACUCCCCUGUUGAGGUAAAAGAGUUGGGGAAUGCUCAUUGUCUUUGGCUUUCUCAGUAGUGUAAUAUGCUUAAUGCUUGAAGAGUAUAGGCUAAAUUUUAUUUUUGCAUUUAUGUAUUUUUGAGUAUGAUUAAAGUGUAAAAUACAGUAUUUGCAAGGUUUUGUGACGUGAUAUGAUCUUGUGCUUCCUAUGCAAAAUGGUGUUUUAUUUAUAUGGAGAUUUCCCACAUAUUAAAGGGUAAGGUGAAUAGAUGAGGGUAAACCAUACUAUUUAACCUUAAAUUACACCAGCAUUGUCAAUAUGUCCUGAAGUUUUACUACGUAAAAUAAAUGGGCCAGUGACUGCUGCCUCAUCAUUUCUUUAUAAAAAGCAUUGUGUAAUUACCCUUUACUCAGAGUGGGGAGUAAGAUACUAUAUUGUGUAAAAUGUCUACGUAGAAUAGUGUAUGCUGUCCACAAUGACGUGUUCAUUCACUGUGUAGCUGUCAUUCAAGAAGCUUGGUAACUAGGAAUGUUUUUAGGAACCCAGGCCAGUUGUUGGAAAUAUGAUCUAGAUAGAAAGGAUGGUGGUCUGCACAGUACCAAUGCUCAUUGAGAUUCUCUUUACUGUUGUUCUAGAAGUUAGUGCUCAUUACUUUGCAUGUAUUUUUUACGUAUUGUAAUUGAGAGAACUUUAAUUUAUAUGAGCAAGCUGGGAAAUUGAUAACGUGCUACUUCAAUAAUUUAAUAAUGUGUUAAAUAAGACAUUUAAUAAUCACUUAAGUACUGCAGAAAUUUGUUAAUGUUAGUGCAGUGUAAAGCUGAAGGAGAUGAACAAAAAAUGUUUUAAUUAGCAGAAUUGCAAACAGGUUGGUUUGUUGAGUUUUUACAAAAGUUCAUGAAGUGAACACUCCACCUACUGGUGAAGGAAAAAUAGAAUCGUUAAUUAUGUAUGAUGUGAGGGUUAAUAAUUUUUGUGGUUGCAAUUUUUUAAGAGACUUAAUCUAAAUAUAAUGGGGCUUGAUCGCAUCUCAAAGGUUAAAAAAAAAUGGGAGGGACAGAGGUGGAGCUCAUGCCUCACAAACUCAACUUUGAAAUUGUAGUGUAACUCGUGUAAUGAGAUUUUUGUACGUUACAAGAUUUAUUGUAGGGAGUUACAAAAUUGUAUCAAUCAACAGCUUACCAGGCUGUCAUUGUUAUAGUAUAGUAUAGUAUAAAUAUAUGCCCAAACCACCUUAGCAUCCACUCAGCCCUCUGGUGACACCACAUCACCUUUUAAUUUUUACACUGCAAAUUCUCUGUAUAUUCACACUACAUGUUGCUCUCUACCAUGACGACAUCACUGCCUCUAUCCUCCUCCUCCUCCUCCUCCUCCUCCUCCUCCUCCUCCUCCUCCUCCUCACUGUAGCAUCAAAGACCCAUGCUUCACACCCAAAUAAGAGUGUUGGUACCAUUAUACUAUGGUACUUUGCCUUUUCUUACCACCAUAGAUAACCUUUCUCUGCACAUUAUCGAGAAGUUUCAUGAUUUCUACUCGCCAGCAGGAGUUGUAAUACUGAACGUAUUUCCUUACACCUGCUGUCAUUGUUCAUCCAGCAGUAAGCACCUGGGUGUUAGUAGAAUCUUGUGAGCUGCAUCCCAGGUGGUGGCAGUAUACCUUAGGGCUGGGCUUUGAAUUGGGCUGAAGCAGGAUAACGACUCUUAGCCUAAAAAAAAAAAAAAAUUACUGACAGCAAUCAUGUUACCCUCAGAUUUGAAAAUCACCAUCCCUCUUUCAGAGUGCAAGCA